GGGGCGAGCGCGCGCGGCGGCGGCGGCGGCGGCGGCGGCGGCGAGGAGCUGUGCCUUCCACCUCUCCAGCCCCGGCAGGACGGGGGCGGCCGCCGCGGGCCCGGGGCGGGGACAGCACGCAGCCUCGCCGCGCACACCCCCGCCCGGCAGCGGGCCCGACACCCGGGGCGAGCGGGAAAGCGGCGGCGGCGGCGGCGGCGGGGGAAGGAUGCAGGGGAAGAAGCCGGGCGGCUCGUCGGGCGGCGGCCGGAGCGGCGAGCUGCAGGGGGACGAGGCGCAGAGGAACAAGAAGAAGAAAAAGAAGGUGUCCUGCUUCUCCAACAUCAAGAUCUUCCUGGUGUCCGAGUGCGCCCUGAUGCUGGCGCAGGGCACGGUGGGCGCCUACCUGGUGAGCGUCCUGACCACCCUGGAGCGGAGGUUCAACCUGCAGAGCGCCGACGUGGGCGUGAUCGCCAGCAGCUUCGAGAUCGGGAACCUGGCGCUCAUCCUCUUCGUGAGCUACUUCGGGGCGCGCGGGCACCGGCCCCGCCUCAUCGGCUGCGGCGGCAUCGUCAUGGCCCUGGGAGCGUUGCUGUCGGCGCUGCCCGAGUUCCUGAGCCACCAGUACAAGUACGAGGCGGGCGAGAUCCGCUGGGGCGCCGAGGGCCGCGACGUCUGCGCCGCCAACGGCUCGGGCGGCGACCAGGGCCCCGACCCGGACCUCAUCUGCCGCAGCCGGACCGCCACCAACAUGAUGUACUUGCUCCUCAUUGGGGCCCAGGUGCUCCUGGGCAUCGGUGCUACCCCCGUGCAGCCCCUGGGCGUCUCCUACAUCGACGACCACGUGCGGAGGAAGGACUCCUCGCUCUACAUAGGAAUCCUGUUCACGAUGCUGGUAUUUGGACCAGCCUGUGGAUUUAUCCUGGGCUCUUUCUGUACCAAAAUCUACGUGGAUGCAGUCUUCAUCGACACAAGUAACCUGGACAUCACCCCGGAUGACCCCCGCUGGAUCGGAGCCUGGUGGGGCGGCUUUCUGCUCUGUGGUGCCUUACUCUUCUUCUCUUCCCUCUUGAUGUUCGGGUUUCCACAGUCUCUGCCCCCGCACUCAGACCCUGCCAUGGAGAGCGAGCAGGCCAUGCUCCCCGAAAGAGAGUACGAGAGACCCAAGCCCAGCAACGGGGUCCUGAGGCACCCCCUGGAGCCGGACAGCAGCGCCUCCUGCUUUCAGCAGCUGAAAGUGAUCCCGAAGGUCACCAAGCACCUGCUGUCCAACCCCGUGUUCACCUGCAUCAUCCUGGCCGCCUGCAUGGAGAUUGCAGUGGUGGCUGGCUUUGCCGCCUUCUUGGGGAAGUACCUAGAGCAGCAGUUUAACCUUACCACCUCUUCUGCCAACCAGCUGCUCGGGAUGACUGCAAUCCCAUGUGCCUGUCUGGGGAUCUUCUUGGGUGGUCUCCUGGUAAAGAAGCUCAGUCUUUCCGCCCUCGGGGCCAUUCGGAUGGCCAUGCUCGUCAACCUGGUGUCCACAGCUUGCUAUGUUUCCUUCCUCUUCCUGGGCUGUGACACGGGCCCUGUGGCUGGGGUUACUGUUCCCUAUGGAAACACCUCAGCGCCUGGCGUGGCCCUGGACCCCUACUCACCCUGCAAUAAAAAUUGUGAAUGCCAAACCGAUUCCUUCACUCCCGUGUGUGGGGCAGAUGGCAUCACCUACCUGUCUGCCUGCUUCGCUGGCUGCAACAGCACGAAUCUCACCGGCUGUGCGUGCCUCACGACCGUCCCGGCCGAGAACACAACUGUGGUUCCCGGAAAAUGCCCCAGUCCCGGGUGCCAAGAGGCCUUCCUCACCUUCCUGUGUGUGAUGUGUGUCUGCAGUAUGAUCGGGGCAAUGGCGCAGACACCCUCAGUCAUCAUCCUUAUCAGGACAGUCAGCCCUGAACUCAAGUCUUACGCCCUGGGAGUCCUGUUCCUCCUCCUUCGUUUGUUGGGCUUCAUCCCCCCUCCCCUCAUCUUUGGGGCCGGCAUCGACUCCACCUGCCUGUUCUGGAGCACGUUCUGCGGGGAGCAAGGCGCCUGCGUCCUGUACGACAACGUGGCCUACAGAUACCUGUACGUCAGCAUCGCCAUCGUGCUGAAGUCCUCUGCCUUUGUCCUCUACACAACCACGUGGCAGUGCCUGAGGAAAAACUAUAAACGCUACAUCAAAAACCACGAGGGCGGGCUGAGCACCAGUGAGUUCUUUGCCUCUACUCUGACCCUAGACAAUCUGGGGAGGGACCCUGUGCCCGCCAGCCAGACCCAUAGGACAAAAUUUAUCUAUAACCUUGAAGACCAUGAGUGGUGUGAAAACAUGGAAUCUGUUUUAUAGGGACUAAGGAGGCUGAACUCUGUAUUAGUAAUCAAAGGGUCAUUUUUUCCUAAAAAAAAAAAAAAAAAAAAUUUUUUUCAAAAAAAAAAAAAACCACAAAACUCAGUACAGUGACACACACACCACACGUACACACACCACCACCUUUGUCCUUUUUCUCAAAAUCAGAGCCAGACAGGAUUCAGAAUAAGGAGAGCACGGGAUCGUGUGUCUGACGUACGACCUGCUGGGGCCCAGAGUCUUCUCUUUGAAGGUUCUUCGGGAUGCCGAUCGCCGCAAGCAACAGGCACGGCCAAGUUCAGGGAACAGUGGUGGCCCAGCUUGGAGGAUGGACAUUUCUGGAUAUACAUACACACACAAACCAUUUUUUUAAAAGUCUACUAAAAAGCCCAAGUUGACAACAUUGCCAGGAUAAACACUAGUGACAUACCCCGUGCCACCCGCCCCCUCCAUGCAAGGGUGGGGGGGCGUGCAAGUCGGAGCGGGAGCCCCCCCCUCCUCUAACUUUUGCAAUAUGGGUCACUGUGUAGACGACUCACCCAGUCUGCAUGUGGUUCAAGGCCCCAGAGUUCUCUCAGCGAUGCUAAUGGGUGAUCCGUGCUGGAGUCUGUAAUUGGCACCUCUCACCAGCUCCAUGUUCAAGACUGAGGGCCCAAGGGGGAGCCGGGCGUGGGGGGGCCAGCACCCCACCUCCCCCCACAGCACCCCCCCCCAGCCCCACAGAGUGACCUCAGGAAGCAGCGGGCCUCACCUGGCUAUGACUGACUUUGCUCAGAGCCGGUGAAACCCAGCACAGUCCAAGUCAUUUGCUUACAUUUGCCAAACAUUUUGCCAUUUAAAAAAAAAAAAAAAAUGCAAUGCAUAUGAAUUUCAAACUGUUGUAUGUAUAAUCCUCUAAUACUAUUUUUAACCACUUCUAAAAUCUGUGUUAACUCUUCAAGUCACUGACACAGUUCUCUAGGCUGAGUUUAUUAUGCUGGUUGCUUUUACUUUUCUCCAUUUUUUAAUGCACCAAAAAUAUAAUGUGAUUCAAGGGAUGCAAUUAA